AUGUUUGUUAAAGAAAUUACCAUUCAAUAUAUUAAAUUAUUUUAUAUUUUAUUUAAACAUUGGUUUCGUGAUUUAUUCGCAUCAUUUACUAAUAGUCCACCUCUAAAAAAUCUUAAUUCAGAAAUAAUUCUUAUAACCGGAGCUGCUAGUGGUCUUGGAAAAGGCUUAGCUCAAAGACUUGCGUCUCUUGGUUGUACACUUAUUCUAUGGGAUGUCGAUGAAGUUAAUAAUGCACGUGUUGCGAACGAACUAAACAAUGCUACGAAAUCAGAACGUAUACAUGCUAUGAAAUGUGAUUUAACAAAUAGAGAAAGUAUUUAUGAAUGUGCAAGAAAAGUACAAGAAAAAUUUGGCAAUGUGACAAUGAUUAUUAAUAAUGCUGGUGUUGUUACAGGCAAACCAUUAGUAAACUGUAGUGAUGCAUCGAUUCAACGUACAUUUGAUGUUAAUGUUAUCGCUCAUUUCUGGAUCCUCAAAGCAUUUUUACCAUCAAUGCUAGAUAAUAAUUAUGGUCAUAUUGUAACAAUUGCCAGUGGUGCUGGUCUAACAGGUGCAUCAGGUCUUGUUGACUAUUGUUCAUCAAAAUUUGCUGCUGUUGGUUUACAUGAAGCUUUAACACAUGAAUUGUAUGUGCUGAAGAAGACUGGUAUAAAAACAACAGUUGUUUGUCCAAGUUUUAUUGAUACUGUGAUUUUUUUAUUGUUAUGUGAAACUAGUAUAUCAUCAACAGCAGCUCAAGUUGAAAUACAAGGUACAACUGGUCUUCAUAAUUCCAUGGAUACUUUUGUUGGACGUCAAUGA